AAAAAAAAACAUUUCAAGUGAUAAAUAUAAAAAUUGGAAAAAUUACUUCAGACACACCAUUUCCCAAGACCCACGAGUUCGCGAGAUGAUUUUUCACCAUGAAUGAAUGAUCGAUCAUUGCGAGUGAAGCUGAAUCAUUUUUAUAUACCUAAAUUUCUGUUGAAUAAAGACCGAAAUAAUAUAAAAAAAAUAAGAACACGAGUGUAAGGAGUAAUAAGAAGCAAGUAACGAUGGAAAUAACGCAAGUCGCCAAUACAACAUCAUUCGAUCACCAGCAGCAACAAGUGGCAAAGAAUAAACGAAAAAAAUUCAAUCCAAAAUUCAUGCUUACAAACAGUAGUAGUGAUGAUGAAGGUGAUGGUAGCAUGGAGAAAGAUGAUGAUGAUGAUUUAUAUCAAAAUGAAAUUAAAAAUUCAAUUGAAAGUAAUCAGAGUUCGGAUGAGAAUAAUGUUGGAAAGAUUGCGAAAAAUCAUGAGAUCAUUAAUGAGUUGGCAAAUGCUAGCAACAAGACAAGUCAGAAUAAUAAUAAUAAUGAUUCACCACCACCGUCAUCAGCACUCAAUUCAAAUUUAUUCAAUAACCCAUUUUUAUCGCCAUCAAAAUUUUCAUUACUCCAAAAAUUUGGUAAUUUACAGCAACAACAGCAGUUGCUACAACAAGCAGCAAUUUCGGCAAUUGCACCACAACUUAGUCAGGCAAUGAAUCUUAGUGAAACAGAAGCAAAGUUUAGAGAAUUUGCUUUUAAAACAAUGCAAGAAUUACUCAAUAUUUAUGGAUUAUCGCUUUCAACAAACGACAUUGUCGAUGUCUUAAAACAACAGCAUGCGGGUCAAGCAUCACCAUCAGCAUCAACACAAUCGACUUUGGAGCCUCCAACACCACCACGAACGCCCAUUCAGACACAACAGAGAAAUAUUAAUAAUAAUAAUAAUGAUGAUGCAAAGGAAAAUUACGAGCAUCAAUCAUCGUCACGUAAUACACCCGUUAAAUCUAGUGCCAAAACAUUAAAGUGUGAAAAUGAAAGUGACUUGGAAGAUUACAAUAAACGAUCACAUUACAAUGAUGAUUCCAAUAAUUUUUCUGAUGAGGAUCAGCGCAUUGGGGGUCGACAGAGUGCAGUUAGUUUAUCGAUGCAUAUGAAUGGUGUUGUGGAGGAUUCAGAUCGUGAGGAAGAAAGUGAUUAUUCAUCGUUCGAUAGCUCAAAGUUGUCAUUGAAGAAUGUUGAAAGUUUGCUCGAUAAAUCGUCUCCAGUGAACUUCUACAAUCCAAUGAUGCAACUCUCAAACAUGAACAACGAACAAUCGGAAAAGCAGUUGAUUGCUGAAUAUUCAAAAUAUCUAACAAAGUAUCAAUCAUACGUUGAUUGUCACAAUGAGCAAUGUCAAAAUGAGAAUCAACGUGAGCAUUACCACUGCUAUGACAUUCAAUGUUUAAAUAAAAUGCUGAAUAAAAAGGAGGAGAUUAUAAGACAUUUGAAAUGGCACAAGAAGAGAUCUGAAUCACUAAGUCAUGGUUUCUUGCGUUUUACAUCGUCUGACGAUUGCACAACACAAUUUGGAUAUUGUCAGCAUAAUCGUAAGCAGACACAUUAUCAUUGUAUACAGAGUCGUUGUGAUAAGACUUAUAUAAGCACAAGUGAUGUACAAAUGCAUUCAAAUUAUCACAGAAAAGAUUCUCAAAUCUAUCAGGAAGGAUUCCAUAGAUAUCGAGCAACAGAAAAGUGUAUGGUGCAACAUUGUAUAUUCUACGGCCAAUGCACGACACAUUUCCAUUGUCGUCGUUGUAAAUAUACGUUCAAAAAUAAAGCUGAUAUGGAAAAGCACAAGACAUAUCACAUGAAGGAUGAACAACUAUAUAAAGACGGCUUCAAGAAAUUCUUAAAAACCGAACCAUGUCGUGUCGAUGGAUGUCGAUUUACAAUGAUCUGCAAUCAUAUUCACUGUGUUCGUCCAAAUUGCACAUACGUACUUCAUUCGAGUGGACAACUUUUGAGUCACAAGCGUAAACAUGAAAGGAUGGAUGCCGAAAUGGCAUAUCGUCGCUUCAAGAUGGGACAUACCGCAAAAGAUCUUACAGAAUCAGAAUUAGCUGCCCUUCAAUCAUUUCAUGGAUUAGAUUUGGCUCCAAAAGCUCCACCCCCACCAGCACUCAAUCAAUUUCCAGUUGCUGAUCAAGCAACAACUGAAAAAUUUAAUAAAUUGCUCAAUAAUGCAACCAUGGAAAAUUUGAAUGUUUUAUUAAGUCAUACAGCUGUAAAUCAACAAGCGAAUGUCACACCAGAGUUAUUAAGACAAAUUCAAGAAAAGCAACAAAUGAAGAAAAAUCAUAGACAACAGCCAAAUGGACAUGAGUCACCAACAAAUCUUGAUCAAUGUGAUCAGAAUGGCAUGCAAGCUGGUAUGGAGAAUGGAAUGAGCGAUGGAAUUGAAGAUGGAAUUCCAAAAUCUGUUAUACAGAAUGUGUCACAAAAUGAAGAAAUUAAGACACCAACAAUUGAGGAAGUCGAGCAAAUAAUUAAUCAAUAUUUCACAGAUCAAUGUACGCGACAACAACAGCUUUCAAAUGAGCCACUUGACUUGAAUGUUAAAACAUCAUCCAAUAAAUCACUAUUGGAAUGUUUCAUGUCCAAUAAUGAAUCACAUUUACAUUGCCUAAUAACUGGUUGUGAGGCUGUUGUUCCACGCAAUCUUAAAGACAUUUCCGAGCAUCUGAGAAUGCAUGAAUUGAAUCGUGGUGCUGAUAGUAUUAUGCAAAACUCAAACUUACUUCAAAUUACAUCAAUUGAAGGAUUCUUCAACCGAAAACGCGGUCGUCCACCAAAGAAUCGUGUGGUUGAAGUCUACAAUAAUACUCACCAUCCACCUCAAGCAAUCUUCACAAGCUUCAAACUCGAACGUAAUGAUCACAACAGCAAAGGACAUUCAUCAACAUCAUCGAAUCAAUCACAAACCACAAAUCAAAAUGCUCAAAAUGUAAAUCAAAAAAUAAAACAAGAAAAACGAGAAUCUUCAUCGGAGGGAGAUUAUGUGUCAAAAAUUGAGAUAAUUCAAUCAAAUGAAAAAUGUUUGGAUGCAUCAUGCGUAUUCCAGAAACUUUUACAUUAUCAUUGUAAUUUCUCAAAGUAUUGUCAUUUUUCGACGAAUCAUCUGUCCCAAAUGGAUCAUCAUUUGAAUGAUUUUCAUGCAAAGAUGGAAAUUUUGGAGAAUUAUGAAUAUUUUGAUAGGAAUUACGAUUGUAGACUCGUUGGUUGUUGCUACAAUAAGAUCUCAUGUCAUUACCACUGCAUUCUCUGUAAAUUUUCAUUUUCAAUGCCAAUGGAGAUGACCGAACACAUCUGUGAAGAAAACAUUGAAGAAAGUUAUGAAAGUUUUGACAUCAGUGAAUCAGACUUAAUCAAGGCACGACCACAGCCAAUUCAGCCUUUGACUGCUCAGCGAUUUUUAGAGCGAAACAUCUCACCACGUCCUGAAAGAAUUGAUGAAAGAUCCAUGAUUCAAAAGAUCAAUGAGAGCUUCUUCAAUCAUGAGCAAAAAGUUGCACUUAACAGUGAUGUUGACUUGAUUAAGACGACUAAGGUAUCUAAAGCAGCUGAGACAACAAGCAGUAAUGAUGAUAAGAUAUCAGUUGUUCGUGCAGCUGGUACUUGGAUUCCACAAAACACAAACUCAGACUACGAAUCUCCCUCAAAAUCCUCCUCAAUGUCAUCACCGACUGAUAAUAAACAUAAUCAGUCAUAUAAUGAUGAUGAUUCAACAUGUGAUCGACCAUUCUGUAAGUUGAAGCGCAAGAAACAUGAACACUGUGAUUUAUGCAAUCAAGGAUUCACUGAUGCCAUGAAAUUGAAAAUCCAUUACCUCAAACAUCAACAAACGAAGCUUGGUGGAAUGUUUGAAGACUCAGAAAGUGAUAAAAAUGAUCAGCAAUCAUCUUCUAGUUCCCACAUCAAGAAGGAAGAACCGGAACCACAUGAUUUAAGUAAAAAUGCACUUCCAAAUCAAAGCGUUCUUCAAAACUUAAUGUUUCCACUUCCACAUUCAAAUGCUGCAUCUGCAGCUGGUGUAAUGGACAAUUUGUCAUUACAGAACCUCCAACUCGCAAAUUUAGCACAGCUUUAUCAGCAAAAUUCCCUUUACUAUCAAAGUUUAUAUCCAUUUAUUGGAAAUCAAUCUAUUCCUGGUUUAGGGAUGGAACAACAAAUGCCAUUAAUGCAAUUCCCAUUUCCUGCUCUUGCCGGUGCUGGAGGGUUCGAUUUCGGUCUUUCAUUGCCAAAUAUGAAGUCAUCCUUACUUGCACAAAAGCGAAAAUUGGAGCAAUUUGAUGAAAUGCAAAAUCUUCAGAAGAAAUCAAAAAUUUCUGAACGUCCAAAAGAAUAUCAAAAGAAAUCUUACAAGGACGAUUCAGUUCCAACUGGAUAUUUGAAAUUUAGAUUUAAUCAAGAUUGUAAUUUCCCAAAUUGCGGCUACCGCAACCAUCAAUCGCAUUUCCAUUGCUGUCGUAAAGAUUGUUUCUAUUCAUUCUGCGAUAAGACUCGUUUCGUGCAACAUACAGCACGUCAUGAGCGUCUUGAUAAACUGAUGGGCGAUGACUUUAAGCAGUUCCGUGCGAAUAUGCAUUGCGGAUAUUCAAAUUGUGCGUACAAUAAGAAUUUAGGUCCACACAAUAAAUCCUCACAUUUUCAUUGUCUCAAGUGCAAUUACAUUUGUUCGGACACAAACAAAGUCGUCGCACAUCGGCGACAACACAGCAAGCAAGAGUACAUAAAUAAGGCGGGUUUCCGAAAAUAUUCCAAUAAUGAACACUGCAAUAUUCCCGAUCCAUGUAGUCCCGAUGGCGAGUGCAUGUAUACUUUAAAACAAACUCAUUACCAUUGUCUCGAAUGCUCAAUGGCUGUCUUAAGUCGUAAUCAAUUAUCAUUUCAUAAUCAUAGAAUUCGUCCAGGUAUGUCACUUGAUGACUAUGCUCCAAAUGACAUGUCAAAUGAUAAUAAUAUAUUGAUAUUAAACGAUAACGGAAGUGAUGAAAAUUCCUCGUAAAUUGUGUGCCAUUUGACACAGAACGGCCAUAAAGUGGGGUUGUUUAUCAGUGAUGUCUUUUUUGAAAUUAAAUUUUUUAGGUUAUUAAAUCCUUCAAGUUAAAGAAUCAAUUGAUUAAUUGAGUCCCCACCCCCUCCUCCCCCUUAAACUGAAGACGUCACUUGUGAACGACCCUUAAAAAACCAUUUGAUUAUUUUUUUGUACAAAGCAGUAAGUGAACAUAAUAAAGUUAAUUGCAAUUCAGUAGCCAUAAAAUAUUUUUUUUUUGUCUUAGUCCAUAAGUGACAAUUUUUCUUUUAAUUUGCUGUAAAUAAUUUAAAUGAAAAAAUAAAUCCAUAAUAAAGGGCAAUUGGGUUGUUAGAUCCAGUAUAAUAAUAAUUAAAAAUGAUGUUCGAAUAUAGUCAAUUUUUUUGUGAAAAAAUCAAUAAAAAGUACUCAAAUUUAAAAACUCAUUUUUGAGAGAUUAGAUUAAAAUGAAGAAAAUAAUAGAAUAGAAUUUUUAAUCCAACCUUACUUAUGUAUAACAGAGAUUCUCAAACUUAUACGGAGUUGAAAUGUUUG